AGAUGAAAUGCUAAUCGAAAGCAACCGAACAGAAAAGGUUGGUCAUAGGAAAAUGGAGAACGACUCAUUACCUAAUUCUGAAAACCCAGACUGCAAUAUGUUCCAUUAAAACUCCAUCGAGAUUUAAUAAUAAAAAAGAAUUAAUCUUGCCCCCAUUCUCCAUCUUCCCGUCAUCACCGUACAAAAAAUUACAGACAUGAAAUAGAGAGAGGGUCUUGGUCACUGUUGGUUGUUGAGAUGGUGGAGAAUAAAGCAAAGAGAGAACCAGCGAGUAAACGAGGUGUCUUGGUUAUUGGGAGGGAUGAAACUAAUGAGAUAAAAGGAGUGUGAUUAUUUUGGUUUAGAGACAGAAUCCAAAUUUGGAACAAACCACAGGGACCAGGAGUCUAAUUUACCCAAAUAUAUAAUCAUUCUUUUGUAAAUCGGGUUGCCGGGUUUGGAUUAUGUGGAAACCGAAUUAUGUUUCGCCUGAGCCCUGAAAGUGAAAACCUUUGAUUUGAUACAGCUUCCCUCUUCACCGUCCAUCUUUUCCUAACCUGCUUCUCCUUCAUUUUCUUUGAUUUCAUCAUUCAACACACUCAGGAAAGAAACAGGACCUGAUCUGGAAAGAGCCUCUGAAUCAUACAGGCACUGUUAUUCAAUCAUUCAGAAUCAAUCAAACAUACCCUUUCCUUUCUUUUCUUGCUUUAUAUUCUAUACAAACACUACAGCAGGUCAGCACUCAACAGCCUUCAGCCAGCAACCGGCCAAUCCUUGCUUUUGUUGUUGAUUGGUCUCCGACAGUGAGCUCCGGCUAGCCCCUGCUUGUGGCCCCAACCCUGCACCUGUCUCCCAUCCCCCUCAUUGUUGCUACUUUCAAAUAGAAGUUCAAGAUUAAGGUACAUGAGUAUCAGAUGGCCACGGAUAUUGACGCCAACAUACUUGUCUCAGAUCAUUCGGAACCAAAAGAACUCAUUGAAAGCCCUUCAUAUAUUUAAUGAAGCAAGAAACAAAUAUCCAAAUUACCGUCACAAUGGUCUUGUAUAUGCCACCAUGAUCAACAAACUUGGCAUGUCAGAUCGAAUUGUUGAUAUGAAAGAAGUGAUUAAUCAGAUGAAAGAUGAUUCAUGUGAGUGCCAAGAUUCAGUCUUUUCAGGUGCAAUUAAGACCUAUGCAAAAGCUGGAAUGCUGAACGAAGCCAUCUCUCUCUUUAGAAAUCUUCAUCAAUUCAACUGUGUAAAUUGGACAGAAUCUUUUAAUACCAUACUGCAGAUAAUGGUGAAGGAAUCCAACAUUGAAUCUGCUCAUCGUCUUUUUCUGGAGAACUUUAGCAGGUGGGAAGUGAAAUCUCGAACCCAUUCUUUAAGCUGGCUGAUUGAUGUUCUCUGUCAAAAGAAACGUUCUGAUCUUGCACUACAAAUCUUUCAAGAAAACAAUAAUUGCUACUGUUAUCCAACCCGGGACACCUAUCGAGUUCUAAUGAAAGGUUUGUGCGAAGAUGGAAGAAUUAACGAAGCAAUUCAUUUGUUAUACUCAAUGUUUUGGCGAAUCUCCAGAAAGGGAAGCGGUGAAGAUGUCUUAAUAUAUAGAAUCCUCUUAGAUACAUUAUGUGCAUAUGGGCAUGUUGAAGAAGCAGCCGAUAUUCUCAAUAAGGUCUUGAGGAAAGGUCUGAAAGCUCCCAAGAGGAAACGUAUGCAACUAGAUUUUACCAGGUGUCGAAAUGGUAGAGAUAUAGAAAGUGCCAAGAGUUUAAUUACUGAAUCCCUAAUUAAAGGUGUGAUUCCCAGUUAUGAUAGUUAUAAUUCAAUGGCUGUAGAACUUUACGCAGAGGGUAAUCUGAGUGGUGCAGAUAAAGUCGUUCAAGAAAUGCACGAUCAAGGAUUCAGACCAACGGCGCUGAUUUAUGAAGCUAAGGUGAUAGCUUUAUGUAGGAAAGGUCUGAUUGAUGAGGCAGAAAAGGUUAUUUCAAAAGAAAUGGUGGAGGCAAACUGUGUUCCAACUGUUGGUUUAUAUAACAGUGUGAUUAAAGGUCUUUGUAGUGCUAAUAGAUCCACAGAGGCUCUUGGAUAUCUAAAGAAGAUGAGUAGGCAGUUGGGCUGUGUUCCUAAUAAGGAGACUUAUUCCAUAUUGGUGGAUGGGCUUUGUGAAGAUGGGACUUAUAUUGAAGCAAGUGAAGUUAUGGAGAAAAUGUUAGUCAAGUCAUAUUGGCCAAAUACUGAUACUUUUGGUAGAGUUAUUAGAGGUCUUUGCUUGAUGGGCAGACCAUAUGAAGCAGUUAUAUGGCUGGAAGAGAUGGUUAGCCAAGAAAAGAUGCCCGAGUUUUCUGCAUGGACUUCCCUUGUCGAUUCCGUUGUUUAUGAUGCAAUUGAUGUUGAGGUUUUAUCUGAAAUCAUCGAGUCCUAAGAGAUUUGCUCAUCCCACAUACACCUGAUGACAAAACGUUGUCUGGAGUUUAUCGUAUCUCUUGGAAAUCGUGGAUGUUCUUGUGUUUCGUGCUGUCUAAAGUUAAGUUUGCAAGCCUCUUACCAAUUUCCAUUAUUCAAGCUUUUAUAAAGUUCCUGUGUCUUGCUCGAUGUUAUGAAUUGUUCUUUAGUACUAUUGU